UGGCCUUCCAGUUUCUAUCGUCCACACUCUAGACUGUAAGUCUGUAGGAUCAGCGACAACAAGAGUAUCUAUCUUAACUGGCUUUCCUUUCAUCUGUCUGCAUAGAAAGAAAAGAAAAGAAAUGGUAAUCACAAACUUCAACGGUGCCGGCAUCGGAUUUGGUUUCGGUGUUGGUUGCGGUUUUGGUGUUGGAUGGGGUUUCGGAGGUAUGCCAUUGAACUUCUUGGGUCUUGGUGCAGGUGGAGGCUGUGGUGUUGGAGUGGGGCUUGGUUGGGGUUUUGGUAGUGCUUAUGGUAGCAGGUAUCGGUUGUCAAGGAUCACAUUUCAAGGAGUGGAAUUUGAUAGUAAGGAGAAAAGUGAUAGCAUGGAGUUGUCAAAAUCCAGUCCAGAAGUAAGAAAUUCACGAUAGGAUCUGUGUCAUUGCACCUUCAAGUUAAUGUAGAUUGCUACCUAUUACUGGUCUGCCAUGAACAGGGUUGCAUGGCCCUAUGCCUAUGGACACAAAUAACAUUUCUAAUAACAUGAAGCCACAAAUCUUGUCUAAAACUUUUUAGUUCAUUCGCAUUCACUGCAACUGAUAAUUGUAUUAGUUAGGAGUAGUUUAUGAAAUGAAUGGUACUAGUAUUUUGCUGGCUUCGUAAAAAAAAUUAUACUCCCCCCUAUUUUGAUUAUAAUGAAACAUUAUUGGUAUUUACUGUCUA